CCGGUGACGUCACCCCCGGCGAGUUUGCCAGUCAACUUUUUGCAUGAAAGACUAAACGGGUGCGAUUCAGGAUAUGAUGAUGAUGGCUUUCAGUUCCUCUGGCCAGAACUUGGUUCCAAUUUCUGAUCUUCAUCCAAACUCAGCACGUCCUAGUGUAGCUGGAGUAGUGAUUGGAAAAAUUGAUGCUAAAGGAUUUCCUGACCGAAAAAACAUUGGAACAGAAAGAUACACUUUUACUUUCACAAUUCGAGAUUGUCCAACUUACUUCAUCAAUGUAGCUUCCUGGGGCAGAGAAGAAUACGUAAGGGGACUUUCUAACAGUUUCAGAAUUGGGGAUUGUGUUGUAAUUGAAAAUCCACUAGUACAGGCCAAAGAUACAGAAAAGGAAGAAAGAUUCAGUCCAUCUACUUCAAGUUGCUAUAAACUUUUGGUCAGUGAGAACUUUUCAACAGUCAGGAUGUGCCAUGACCUGGAGCUUGAAACUAGGCUUCUCUCCUUGUUGCAUGUACCUGCGAAAGACCCUCAGGAUUAUUAUUCACUUGGAGAUAUUGUUCAUAAUGGCCAAAGCCUGAAUGGAAACAUUAUCAAUAUACUGGCAUCAGUUAGAUCGGUAGGAGAGCAGAAGCAUUUUACGACCGCAGACAGAAGAAAAGGACAGCGAUGCGAAGUAAGACUGUUUGAUGAAACUGUACCUUCAUUCCUAAUGAACUGCUGGGAUAAUGAAUCUAUACAGCUUGCACAGACAUGGAUACCCAGGGAAACAGUACUAUUUAUAGCUGAUGUACGAGUAAAUUAUGAUGGUUUUCGCAAUAGCAUGGCUGCCACAGUGAUCGCUAAAACCAUAAUUACCACAAAUCCUGACACUAAAGAAGCCAAUCUGCUAUUUAACUUUGCCAAAGAAUAUGCAGAAAAUGAUGGUGAAGAUCCAGAACAAACACAUGAAUUAAUAAACUUGCAUUCAAUUGUGGAUGUAUUCACUGUGCAGCAGUUAAAAAAUCAAGUAAUGGACAAAGUCAGCAAGUCAGAGCCCACCUAUGGAAUCAUAUAUGCUUACAUUACAAUGUUUAAUAUUGAUUCUGACAGUUCAAAAAUAAUAAAAUCCAAAUGUGGCAGGUGCAGAUUUUUGAUCGAUGUUGGAUCAAAUGUAUGCACAAAUCCUUCCUGUUCGUCUUGCUCAAUUAACCCCUCAAGCAUCAUCACCAGCUUUGAUUUCUGGGUGGAUGUGUCUGACCAUACAGGCACUCUUCAGUCAUGUAACUUAACAGGAAGCACAGCUGAAAAAACACUUGGCUACACAACUGAUGAGUUUUGCAGUUUAACAGAAGAGCAGAAAACAUCAUUAAAAUGGAACUUUCUUUUGGAGAGGUGCAAAAUAUAUCUAAAGUUACUUGCAUCAGGCAGUGCAAGAAAUGGAAUAAGAACAAGUCUGCUUUUCUGCAAAGUAGCUGAUCCGGAGGAGGCCAGUCAGACUUUGUCUACCAUAGCAAUUUUCUGAAACAGCUGGUAAUUAUAUUGAUGAUCCCCCAAGAGUUCAAAUAAUUUACCUCCA